ACAAAAAUAAAAAAAUAAUUAAUUAAUUUAGACUUGCCUUUCUUCUCAAAUUUACAAUUAGAAAUAAUAUGUAUAUGCUCUAUUUAAAAGCUUUAAUAUUCAUCAAUCAAAAUAAUAAUAAAUUAUAACCAAAAAAUAUAAAAUCAAUAAAAAAUAAAAAAAAUGAAUAAAUUAAUUAUCUCAUUAGCUCUUAUCUUAACUUUGACUUUGGCUCAAGGAUAGUUAGAACUAUGCCCUCAUGGAAUAAAUUUAGAAGUUAAGUGUCCUAUGUAUUACAAGCCAAUAUGUGCUUUGAUUAAAUGCUCUACUGGUUUAUGUUGUCAUACUUUUGGUAAUUCUUGCAGUGCUUGUAGGGUAGGAAGAGUUAUUUCUUUUACUGAUGGUCCAUGUCCAAAUGAUAAAAAUGAGGAGAAUUGA